ACAGUGGAGAUGGGAUGUGGCGUCUUCAGGGGGACUCCAUUAGCAUCACAUGCGAACGAGCAGCUAUUAAAUCCUGCAUUCGCAUAAGUACAGGACGGACGAUCAGAGGAUUCUAAUUCUGAAGAGCACUCCAGGUCAGUUCAUGUCUUCUGCAUGUACCUCCGAGUCAGGGAGAAUAUACUUACCUUGUUUGCCAGUAAGGCCGUAGGACGACAUCCGCCAUGCCGAACAACCUUGAUCCCGACACAAUAUACGCGGCGCUCUAUAGGCGUGACGACGGCCGGUACCAUUGGGCGUUCGUCCUCGCACAAGGACCUUUCGAUGGCUACAAAUUUCACGCCACCAACAUUCCUGACCACACAAAGUGGCACUACGAACAGGAGGUUUACACGUUGGACAGGGAGAAGAAGCCUCUCGUCCUGAUGGCGAAGUUAGGACGCAAACCCGCAGACAUACCUUAUACGCACGUCGAGAAUAUCCUGCGGGAGGUCCCUAUGGAAACGGCACAACCCGACAUCCCGCAAACCUUCACAUGUCGCAUCUGGUUUCGCGAGGGUGUUCGGAGAAUGUGUGCCGCGGGACUAAUACAGUGCCUGUCUGUCGAUGACCUGGAGCGCGAAUUGCUGGACAUAGCGGACGACCAUUCGAACCUUGUAGCGCUGGGGCUACGACCCGGCAGAUGAACAACGUACUGAGCGCGAGAGGAUGCCGAGCAUGUAGUCCCAGCCCGCUUGUACGCGCCAUAUUCGUCGUUUGGUGGACAUUAAUCACAGAGUCCGCACAGUCAGGUACAAGCCGUACUCAGUGCGCAUCCUGAGGUAAGGGCCCUGAGCAACUUCAAGUGAGAGUGCCUCAGCAAAGUAGUCAGG